AUGGGCUUCAGAGGCCAGCCGCCGCGCCGUGACGGUCGCACGCCUGCGGAGCGCGCUCUGGGCCUGGCGGCUGCGCUCGCCGACCUGGCUGGCGCAGGGCUGCCGGUCGAUGCGGCCAUUAUAGCGGCAGCCAUCGUGGCCGACGCCGUGGACGCUCGGCUGCUGCACAUCCGCAGCGUUGAGGCCAAGCUGGGGCCGGAGGUGGCUGGGCUGGUGCACGACGCGCUGGCUGUGCGUCACGCUCCGGAGCGCGUGGAGCUGUACGAUGACGAGGCCUCCAGCGCCAUUCGCGACUGGGUGCUGUCAGCAUACGAUGUGCGCGGCGCGGUACUGGAGGUGGCCAGCCGCUGGGUGGGCAUGGCUCACGUGCGCGGCCUGCCGGUGUACGAGCAGCAGCUCGUGGCGCUGGAGGCGCUGCAGGUGUUUGCCCCGCUGGCGCAUGCCCUGGGCCUCGGCGCGCUGGGCGCACAGAUGGAGGACGCUGCUUUUCAGGUGCUGUUCCCGCAGUCGUACGCGGCAACAGGCGAGUGGCUGCGGUCGCUGUCAGGCCGCGCACACUCUUUGCUGGACGCAACAGCCGACGCACUGGCGGCCGCUGCAGAGGCUGACGCCGAGUUCAAAGCGCUUGCUGGAGGCGUCGAGCUCAUCACCCGCACCAAGAGCCAGUACAGCGUCAUGCGCAAGCUGCUGGGCCUGGACAACCUGGCAGCGGGGGGCCGGCGGCGCGACCAGCUGUACGACCUGCUCGGCCUGCGCGCCAUAGUGGAGCCGCGCAGAGACCUCCCGCCCGACCAGGCCGAGGCCGCAGCCACCGCGGCGUGCUACCGCCUGCAGCAGCUGGCCUUUGAGCUGUGCCCGCCUCUGGCUGGGCGCUCCAAGGACUAUGUCGCGGCGCCCAAGGCCAACGGCUACCAAAGCCUGCACGCAACACUCCAGCUUGAUGGCGGGGCAGGGGGCGGUGAUGGCGGCGACGCCGUGGCUGACGCCUGGUCGGCCAGCACCACUGCCCAGAGCACCUGGGAGGAGUGCGAUGGCGCAGCAAGCGGCAGCACCGGCGGCGGCAGCAUGGACGCCACCAGCAGCCCCACCGCAGUCACCAGCUGGGCUGCCAACAGGGCGGCAGCAGUGUCGUCCGCCGUAGCAUCGCCCGUGUCGCCGCCAAACGCUGUCGCGGCCGAGGUGGAGGCGCACGUGCUGCGCUACUGCGAGCUGCAAGUGCGCACUGUGGCGAUGCAUGCAGCUGCUGAGCGCGGCGACGCGGCCCACGCCGGCUACAAGGGGCGGGUGGACAGGCGGCAGAAUGGGGUGUUGUCCUUGUGA